AUGAUCAGCAAAGUUAAGAACGCCAUGUCGACGCUGGUGGGAGGGAUGGUUCCACAUGGGCACCACCACCACCACCACAACCAUCACCACCACAGCGGGGGGCCACAGGAGCAAAGCCUGCCUCCGCGCUUCCCCUACGGCCGCCCGGACUUUCUGGAGCUCACCCAGGAGCUCUUGCAGUACUCCACAGAGCACGCCUCACGCCCGGUCAUAUCGCUCAAGAGAGGCAGCAGGCUCCCGUGGAAGACUGGUUACGCAGAAGUCAUCAAUGCGGGGAAGAGCAUGCUCAAUGAGGACCAGGCCUCCUGCGAGAAGCUGUUUGUGAAGAAACCCAGCGGAAAACAGAGAAAUUCUACUCUUCUGGAGGACAGUGGGGAUGGCACAGGCAUCCCGAUGCACUUCUGGGGCGUGUACGACGGACACGCAGGUUCUGGAGCCGCGAUUAUGGCGUCAAAACUGUUGCACAGACUCAUACGCGACCGUCUGGGAGAGAUCUGCCACCUGCUGGAGAACCCCAACACUGCGCCCCCUAUCUGCCUGGCCAAAAACGGAAACCCCUACCAGGCCGACGCAAAGAAGGCCCCCGCCCAGGAGCCAGAGGUCCCCGAUGCCGUCUGUGACUCCACCCUGAGGUUCCACAUGGAGAAGACUGUGAGUUUGGAAAGUCUGGUCAUGGGAGUCAUAGAGACGGCUUUCAAACAGAUGGAUGACCUCAUUGAAAAAGAAAAAGCAUCGUAUGCUAUCUCCGGAGGCUGUUGUGCCUUAGCAGCAAUUCACCUAAUGGGGAAACUGUAUGUGGCCAACGCUGGAGACAGUCGCGCCAUAAUCAUCAGAAAUAAUGAAAUCGUUCCCAUGACGAAUGAAUUCACUCCUGAGUCAGAGAGACAGCGAUUACAAUAUCUGGGUUUUCUGAGACCGGAGCUCCUGGGGAAUGAGUUCACUCACAUUGAGUUUCCUCGGAGGAUUCAGCACAACGAACUCGGCAAGAAGAUGCUCUACCGCGACCACACCAUGACGGGCUGGGCUUACAAAACAAUUGUUGAGGACGACCUAAAAUUCCCGUUGAUUUACGGAGAGGGUAAAAAGGCUCGUGUGAUGGCCACUAUCGGGGUGACCAGAGGCUUGGGCGACCACGAGCUAAAAGUCUACAAUUCCAAUAUUUACAUCAAGCCUUUUCUUUCCUGUGUUCCCGAGGUUAUGGUGUACAACAUGGAGGAUAACAAGCACGGUCCCAACGACGUCCUGGUCAUGGGCACAGAUGGAUUAUGGGAUGUGACCACUGACAGGGAGGUGGCAGAUGCUGUGUCCACGUACUUAUCCUGCUGUGACCCUACUGAUCCCAUGAGGUACUCUCUGGCCGCUCAGGACGUGCUGAUGCGGUCGCGCGGCGUGUUGAAGGAGCGCGGCUGGAGGUUACCUAACGAGAGACUGGGCUCCGGAGACGACAUUACGGUUUUUGUGGUCCCACUGGCAGGAAGCGAGCCAGAGACAUGA